UCAUCUCUAUGCGUGCUACCAUUGGAAAGUUUGAGGAGUGAAAAAGUUUGGAGCUUAUCAACUGGAAAUAGGCUUCUAACAUUGAAGUCCCACACUGAUGGAGUCACUUGUCUGCAGUUCAAUGAUGAAGUGAUAGUGUCAGGAUCAUACGACAAGACAGUGAAACUGUGGGACUUCUCAGUUUGUUAACUUUGGGUUUAGUUUAAUAUUUUUCUUCACAUUUUGUAUACUUCAUACAUUUU